UUGUCACCUUCGACCGCAGAACAACUGGCCUGUCCCAAAUUUUUCAUUUACUUUCUCGAAUUGAAAUUUUAUAUGCUGACGGAAAAAAGUAAAUAUAUCAUCUAUUUUUUUUUAAUGAAAUGUUUUCUCUUUGAAGCAAUGUGUACUGUGUAUUCAAAAUUCAACAAAUAAAGAAGAAUACUUAAAUCUAGGAGGAACUACUUCUUGAACGCGUUUUCACUUACAGGGAUAUAACAGAUGUAAUAAAACUUAAGUCCUAAAAGAAAUGAAGGUUCGUCUCCCUAUAUUGAUUGUAUGUUCAUUACACAUAAUACAUACUGUUUAAGAUAGACGGGGCAUAGAAUUUCAAUGUGCAGUGUGUAUAUACUUCGAAAAUUAGAAAGUGAAUAAAAGACCAGUCGAAUUUAGUCGAGGUUGUACCGUUGUAGGAAUAUCCGACUAAUCUGGCAUAGUCUAAAAGUCAGUCAAAGCUGUCAAUUAUAAACACGAAGUUGGCAGUUGUCACUAUGAUGACUUCGGAAAAUGAUAUUGAAGAUAUUGAAGAAAUAUGUGAUAAAAAACAGAGCGAAUCUGCCGUUCUGGAAGUAAGUUCUACAGCCACAGGAGGAAAUAUAAAACAAGAAAAUCCUGAAGUGGAUUUUCUUUCCAGUUACAGCACAUCGAUGGAAGGCUCGGUGGUUGCUUCACCAUCCGUAGAUAGUUUUUCCACCUUGCCAGAUCAAGAAAUGUCUGAUUUUCAAUUAGACUCUCGAGAUUUACAAGUCAAGGUGGAUAAUCCACAGAAACAUGUGGAAACUCUAGAAACUUACAUCACUUUUUGCAUCACAACUAAAUCAACUCGACCUGAAUAUAACGAGGGGGAGUAUGUUGUUCGUAGACGUUACAACGAUUUUAUUUGGCUGAGGCAAAAAUUGGUGGAAACAUACCCAACACACAUUAUUCCGCCAAUGCCAGGGAAACAUUCGCUCUUGGCUCAGCUGGACCGAUACUCGAAAGAAUUCAUCAUCGCUCGCAUGAAACUCUUACAUGUUUUUCUUAAUCGAAUUGUUAACCAUCCGAUUCUCAGUUGCGACAAAAGCCUCCAUAUUUUCCUCACCUGUAAACCUGCUGAAUUUUCAGUCCAUCGGAAAAAUCGAGGUAACGUUCUCGUCAAAGUCACAGAUUCACUGCCGAACAUUACAAGUGUCUAUUCGAUGAAAUUACGCAAUUUGGAAUUCGAACAGAUCCGGGAAUAUUGUUUUUCCUUGAGCGAAAAAUUAGCGACUAUGGAUAAAAUCAGUCACCGUAUUUAUAAGGAAAGGCAAGAUUACUUAAUGGAGUUGCAUCAACUGCAUCCUAUAUUUACCCUCUGGGCUACGACGGAACCGGAACUCGCUCCUAUUUUAUUGGCAAUGGCUAAGGCAAUCGAAACGAAUGCUCAUGCUCACCAAAAAUUGUUAGAUUCUGUUCCUUGUGAAGAAAAAGAAUAUGUUGCUUACAUAGAGUCUGUAAAAGAUGCCCUAAAUCGCCGGGAUACUAUGCAGGUUGAAUAUGAAAUGACUGUUGAUGAUUUAGCAAAAAGACGACUUGAAAAAGAUCAGUUAGCAAAUACAACGACGACACCUCAACAGAGUCAAGGCUGGGGAGGGUCAAUCUGGAAAAGUGAAACUCGUGAUGAGAAGUUGGAAAAAUUGGGCCAAGUAAUUCCGCGUCUAGUGAACGGGGUCGAAGUAUUGCAAGAUCGCAUGGAAUGCGCGAAUGAGAAUUUGCACAGCGAUUUAGAUAGGUGGAAUGUAGAAAAACGAACCGAUCUAAAAAAUAUGCUAAUCACAAUGGCUGAUCAGCAAAUCUCUCAUUACCAACAAUGUAUGACCGCCUGGGAAGAUAUUCUUGCUGGAUUUAAACUCGACGGCGUGGUAUCAGAAGGAUCUGCUGUAAAAAUUUUGCCUUGAGAAAAAUGAAGAAAAUACCUUUGACUAGAGGAAGGAAUACAUUAUCCAUCCUACACUUAAGAAAACCACGCAUUAAUGAAUGUGAAAAUUCUGUAUAUAUUUAUUGUUGAAAGAGUAGACAGUGGAAAAAACAGAUACUAGAGGUUAGACAUUUUUCGGACACUGGUGUCGCGCCCACAUAUUCAAAGUAAAUAUACUAGAAAAGUGCUGUAAACCCUAUUCGUUCACUGUAUUUGGAAAAAAAAGGGGGGGAGAAACAAUAUAACUUUGGAUGUGCGAAUGUUUUAAAGUGACAAGAAUCUGCUGAUAUGCAAGUAAUUUACAACUGCAAAU